AUGUCUUCUGACUCGGAAGACCAUGCUGCUGAUCUACCCGAUGAGGGCGGUGACGACCUCUUUGGAGAUGAGGGUGGCGACGAUGCCCUCUCACAGUCUGAUCAUGGACGCGCCCUGAGCGACCACGAAUUGGCCUCCGACCGAGGAGAUGACUAUGGUGGACUCCACGAUGAGGAUGACGAGCCACCCGAGAUGAGGAACAAGGUGGUAAUGUCGAUUCCCAUGUAUCGCCACAGGAUACCCAAGUCCAAGAACGGCCAGUUGCAAUCGCUACGAGUUCCUCAAUUUCUAAAAUGGAACCCCGAAGAAUACAAACCCGACACGUGGGAGCCGAGUAAAUGGGAUACAGAGAAUGCCCAGUCUGCGAACCCCAUUCCCGUCGUCCGUUUCCGACGUGAUGCUGCAGGCGAGAUGCAGAGCAACGCAAAUAUCUUCAGGUGGAGCGAUGGAUCUGUCACCAUGUCCGUUGGCAGUGAGCAUUACGAGAUUCAGACCAAGUCGUUGGCGCCCCCCAGCAACCAGCCAUACCAAGAGCUCCAGGAUGCCCAUUACUACACGGCUGCAGCGCACCUGGCAAGCAACUCGCUUCUCAUCGUUGGCCGCGUCACCGAGCAGUAUACGGUCAGGCCGAAUAAGAUGGUCGAGGACGACGCGUUGGAGCGCUUGCAGAGGAAGCUAGAGGCGGCCAAGGCGGCCAGCGCCGAGGAGAUGAUAAUCACUACCAAGGAGGAUCCAGAGCUGCGGAAGAAGCAAGCCGAGCUCGCGGAGAAGGAGCGCAUGAAAGCGCAGCGGCGUCGCGAGACAGCUGCGGCGCGCCUUGACGGCGUCGGAGCCCGAUACAACCGCGGCGCCCUGUCCAUUGGCGAUCUCGAAGGCCGGCGCGGCGCGGCGGGAGGCCGGAAGAGAGGACAGCAGGGCCAGUCACGGAACAGGAACCGUAAUGCGGAAUACGAUUCCGAUGACGACCUUCCCGCAGGCGCCCGGCGUGUCGACGACUACGUGCUCGACGACUUCGCCGUCGCCAGUGACGAGGAAGGGAGCGACGAGGGCGAUGACGAUGAUGAGGAGGAGAUCAUCGACGACGACGAGGAAGAAGAGGAAGAGCUGCCUCGGCGGAAGAAGCAGAAGACUGCCGAACCUGCAGAUGACGAAGACGCCGAAGGAGAGGCUGACCUAGAUGAUAUCGAUGUGCCUGCGGCUGCUGAGUCGUCUAACCGACGGAGACGGCAUAUCAUUGAUGAUGAUGACGAUGACACCGCGCUAACCAAAUUCCGCCAAUGGAUCCACCGCCGCUCGCCGAUCGAGCUAUGGGUUGACAUACUCCGGAACGCCGAGGUCUACGAGGACUGGGAGGAGGCGGCCCUGCACCUGGAUAACCUGCUGUCGCUGGACCUGUGGCGCAACAACCCGACGUCGCGCUACUACGACUACCGGCUGAUCAACGAGCGGCUGGCGGGGAUAGUGACGGCCCGCGACGAGGGCAACGCCCACGCCCUGGUCAACCUCCUGCGCUCGGGGCUCGUGCGUAACCUCGGCAACAUCACCGCCCCGAAGCUGUACAACCGCUCCUUCGCCGGCACCAAGUUCCUGAUCGAGGAGUACAUCACGCAGGUUGCCGAGGCGAUCGACGACAUCGGCUCCCUGCCCAGCGGGGACCGGUCCGGGAACAACAACAACAACAACAACAACAACAACAACAAUAACAACGGCGGCGGCGACGACGGGGCGGCCCGGGCCAACGGCGGCUGGGAGGGCCUGUCGACGCAGGUGAAGCUUGAUUUCGUGCACGACACGAGGCAGGCGUUCGGGCGGAGCACGCUCGUGCUCCAGGGUGGCGCCAUCUUCGGCCUCUGCCACCUCGGCGUCGUCAAGGCCCUGUUCCUCCGGGGACUGCUGCCGCGCAUCAUCACGGGCACGGCCACGGGGGCGCUGAUCGCCGCCCUCGUGUCCAUCCACAACGAGGAGGAGCUCCCGGCCGUGCUCAAGGGCGACGGCAUCGACCUGUCGGCCUUCUCGGGGAAAGCUGGCAAUCCUACAAAUGAUAGCCACGACAAUGGCCGCCAGUCGUUUUGGACGCGGUGGCAUACGCUGGUCAGGAGGGCGCGGCGGUUUUGGCGGGAGGGGUACUUCCUGGACGUGAAGGUGUUGGAGGACUGCGUGCGGACGAACGUGGGCGACCUGACCUUCGAAGAAGCGUACAACCGAAGCAAGCGGGUGCUGAACAUCACCGUGGCUACUGCUGGGCAGGAUGGUGUCCCAACCCUGCUGAACUACUUGACGGCUCCCAAUGUGCUCAUAUGGACCGCUGCGGUUGCAUCCAACGCCUCGUCGGCGUCAUUAUAUGGACACCGAGAAACGACCGUCCUCUGCAAGGACGCGCAUGGGAGGAUCGUCCCGUGGAAACCCGCCAAUACGGCCUAUUUCCGGCAUUGGACACACGCGUCCUAUUCGGACCGGGAAUCCCCGCUGCAGCGCAUAGCUGAGCUGUUCAACGUGAACCACUUCAUCGUGUCCCAGGCUCGGCCCUACCUGAUUCCGUUCCUGCAGAGCGACAUGCACGGCCCGUCGCUGCUGGAGACGCACAACAAGGCGGCGACGGUCCGGUCGUUCCUCGUCAGGAUGGUGGGUCUGGAGCUCCGCCACCGACUGCGCCAGCUGGACACGCUGCACGUCCUCCCGACCGGCAUACGGCGCUUCCUCGUGGACGAGACGGUGCCCGGCACGAGCAUGACGCUGGUACCCGAGGUCACCGCGGGGGACUUUGUCCGGCUGCUCGAGACGCCCACGCGCGAGACGCUGGACUACUGGAUCCUGCGCGGGGAGAGGAGCGUCUGGCCCGCCGUCGCGGCGCUCAAGAUCCGGUGCGCCGUCGAGACUGAGCUCGACCGCGCCUACCAGCAGGUGCGGCGCCUCAAGGCAGGCGGUCUGAGACGCAAGUCCAGCGCCGGAAUGGCAGUUCCGGCGACCCUGGGUGGGGACCGAGGGGCCAGAGACCGGCCCAAUGGCAUGGCGGGCGGAUAUUAG